AUGGAGGACGGGAGGACAGGGCUGCAUGUAGCAGGGAUGCUGGGGAGGGCGGGGAGCGUGAGGGAGCUGAUGGAGGCAGGAGCAGAGGUAGGAGCGAAGGACAAGGAAGGGAAGACUCUGGUGCACUGGGCGACGGCGUAUGGGCAUGUGGAGGUACUGAAGACGGUGGAGCAACAAUGCGGGAAAGAGGCUCUGAGCACCUUGAUGUUGGAGAAGACCGAUGAUGGCACGACAUGCGCGCAUAAUGCGAGUAUGGGAGGGCACUUCAAGGUGCUACGGUAUGUUGCAGAGACAUGUGGGGAGGAGCUGCUGAGGGAGAAGGACAAGGACGGCUGGACAUGCGCGCACUGGGCGAGUGAGGGAGGGCACUUGGAUGUGCUGCAGUAUCUUGAGGAGAGGUGCGGGAAGGAGUUGCUGAGGGAGAAGAACAAGGACGGUAAGACUUGCGCGCAAACGGCAAGUGCUGGAGGGCACUUGGAGGUAGUGCGGUAUGUUGCAGAGACAUGCGGGGAGGAGCUGCUGAGGGAAAAAGACGAUUUCGACAGGACAUGCGCGCACUGGGCGAGUGCGGGAGGGCACUUGGAGGUAGUGCGGUAUCUUGUAGAUACAUGCGGGGAGGAGCUGCUGAGGGAGAAGGACAAGGACGGCUGGACAUGCGCGCACUGGGCGAGUGAGGGAGGGCACUUGGAGGUAGUGCGGUAUCUUGAGGAGAGGUGCGGGGAGGAGCUGCUGAGGGAGAAGACACAGAUCAGCAAUACAUGCGCGCACUAUGCGAGUAUGGGAGGGCACUUGGAGGUGCUACAGUAUGUUGCAGAGAAGUGCGGGGAGGAGCUGCUGAGGGAGAGGAACGAGGACGGUGAGACUUGCUUGACUUUGGCUCGUACGUCAGAGGUUGAGGAUUACCUUAGAGGUUUAGGUAUCGACUAA